AUGGAGGCAGCCGACGCCAUCGCCGGUCGCGGCGAAAUGACGCCACUGCAGAAACACGUGGACUUCUUCGACAGGAACAAGGACGGCCUCAUCUACCCUUCAGAGACCUAUCAAGGUUCAUCUCCCUCAUCAUCAUCAUUACCGUCUUAUUCUUCGUGAGCGAGCCCUUCGUAUGUGAUUUAGUCGGGGCCUUCCAAGGGUCUACCAGUUCUUAUUUGGCCAAGUACCCAUUUUUCAAGAAAAUUACUCUUUUGUUGCUUAAACGAAAUGAUCGAAAUGGGAUUACGGUGGUGCAGGGCUCCGCGCGAUCGGGUGCGGAAUUGCAUUGUCUACUGCCGGCACCAUAUUCAUCAAUAUCUCCCUCGGCCUGAUAACUCGACCAGUACAGCGCCCCUUCCUCUCUACUCGAUGGUCUCCGCCUCUGUCCUUCUCUGAAAGUUGAAAAUCUGAACGCAGGGGAAGAUGCCAUCUCCUCUCUUUCCCAUCUACGUGAGCACCAUCUACAAAGGUAAGCACGGGUGCGACACGGGUUCCUACGACGCUGAGGGAAGGUAUGGAUGACUGACAUUUAUCUUAUCAAUCGUUCGCCAAUUAAUCAAUCAUCUCUGGGAUGAUUAUUUUCCUUAUUUCAACUCUACAUGAUCGUUGAUACGGUUAUAUCCUAUAAAGGACAGGGGAACUAACCAUUAGUCCAUGAAAAGAGGACUUGGUUCUGGCAUUUUGAAUUGAAGUGAUUCCUGUGUGGGGCACUAAAUAUAUGGUUUACCGGGAGGUUCAAAGACCCAAUUUAAGAAUUCCCUCAGUAUAAUUGACCCAACUCAAUGACCAAGUUUUAUUUGACCCAGAACCUCCUGGGCAUGCUUUCUUGUUCAUCAGCCAAUGGAGGUCCGGUUACCCCUCUAUCCCUUUGGGUGGAAAUGGAGGCAAUCUAUAUAGUAAACAAUAUUCUUUCAAUUCACAUACUCUCUGGGUUCAUUCAAACUGACUAAUAAUACUAACAACCAAUAUCAUACUUAGUGCAUGCAAAUACUUAUAUUUUUCGCUUUUCAUUGAGCUACUUUUGUCAAAUCAAUGUGUUGAGUCCCUUAAAAAGUUUUAGUUAAAAAUUCCUCACGAUUGAGACAACUUUGGUUUUUAGGUUUGUACCAGAAAAGUUUGAGGCCAUCUUUGAGAAGCACGCAAGAACUAACACAAACGUUCUCACUCUUAAAGAGCUAAAGGACAUGCUGCAAGCUAACAAAAUUCCCAACGAUAAUGCUGGACGGUACAGUUUCUCAUUUAUUUCUCAACAACAAAAUUUGCUACAUGGCAUCUAAAUAGUUUCACAUUAAAAAUGGUGAAUAUGAUAAUGUAAAUGUGCAUUGUAAGUAUGACACCUUCUGUCAAUGUUUUUGGAAUUGGAGUGGUAUAAGAGCUUUAGAAAUGAUAUUUUAAUAAUUUUUAAAGCCAUAGGGCUUGACAGAUUCCCUAAUUAUGUUAAAUUCGAAAUUUUUUUUAGGCUUGCUGCUUUCUUGGAGUGGAGGGUACUUUAUUAUCUUUGCAAGGACAAGGAUGGAUUUUUGUCCAAGGAGGAUGUGAGGGCUGUUUAUGAUGGGAGUGUAUUCUACAGGUUGGAGAAGAAGAGGGCUUCUCAACGAAAGAGCAUCAUAUGA